UAAAUAAAUAAAUAAAUCAAUGAUUACUGCAGCGGUUGGUCCCUUUAAAGGAUGCGUCAUUUUACGUUAACGCUAAAAAGGUGCUUAUUAUUACGCAUGCGCAUUGGGGAGCACAGUGAUUAGUGCCACAAUGUCGGGAUUAAACAGGGCUCACACCUGGGACAUCUCAGACUCGGACUCGGACCCUGAGCCUCCUUCUGCUCCCUGUGUCCAGAGCUCCAGACCUGGGGAGAGGAGGAAAACAAAGCUCCUUGUGGACAACAGACAGGAGAAGAGAGAGGAGAGAGAGAGACAGAAGGAGGAGAAGAGAGAGGAGAGAGAGAGACAGAAGGAGGAGAAGAGAGAGGAGAGAGAGAGACAGAAGGAGGAGAAGAGAGAGGAGAGAGAGAGGAAGAAGGAGGAGAAGAGAGAGGAGAGAGAGAGGAAGAAGGAGGCAGCUGAAAGAGUAAAAAGACUAAAACCUGAGGAGUAUUUGAACACCGUCACUGUUAACAUCCACCCAGUGUUGCUGCAGGACUCUGGGUGUGACGUGUUGUUGAGUACGCUGGCUGGUCUGGAGUGGAGGAGCCGAAUAGAAGAGCACAACCUCACACACACCAUCAGCUGGGGCAGAAAACUUCCUCAUAGUGAGGAUGAAGAUGGUGGGGUGGUUGAGGAAGAUCAGGUUCUGAUGGUUGUCACUCAGAUGGAGUUUGUAGACAUGAUGAUGUCCAUCAAACAGGCUCUAAUCGGUGGUUGUGAAGAGGCGGAGUCUCUGUUUCAGCCACUCUGUGAGUAUCUGAACAGAAACAAAGGGACAGUCGUUUCACUGCUGGUGACCAGGGGACAGUACUUUCAAUGUGGAGGCUCGCGUUGUGAUGAUGGUGAUGAAGAUGAUGAGGUGUGUCCACGUUCUCAACUUGGGCUCCAUAACAUAGAGAUUGAGGAGGUGCUGGUGUACCUGGAGAUCUACAAGAAUGUGACAGUCCACUUCCUGUUUAGCUGGCAGGAAGUCACUAAUCAUGUGUGUGCUGUUACCAAGGCCUUAUCUAAACGCCCCUUUAGAACACAGCAGGACGUCACUGAUCUGGGUUUCUGUGUGGACGGAUUGUGGGCAGGGGGCGUGCGUGUUGAGCGUAGUGGGCGGGGCCUUUCUCAGGUGUGGACACGACAGAUACAGCAACUCAACAGGGUGAGCAUUGCCAUGGCAACAGCUGUGAAAACUGCCUACCCCUCUCCCAAACUCCUCAUGCAGGCAUAUGAGAGUGCAGCGUCAGAAGAAGAGCGGUGUGGAUUAUUGGCUGAUCUCACUGUGAGAGGCGGGGCUAAAGAGCGGCGUAUCGGACCUGAACUGUCCAGUCGUGUGCACCGUCUUAUGACGUCUCAGAAUCCUGAGCUGGUGCUAGACUAGGGGAUUGUGGGAAAUACUCAGAUUUCCCUCAGAUUUAAUAUAUAAACCAUGGAUAUGACACACACACACACACACACACACACACAGAUCACUGUAAAGUUUGAAAUUAUUUUGAUUUAAAUAAAUACAUUUUCACUUA